UGUACAAGCUUUCAAAGCGAGAGGACAGGACGGGAGCUAAUAUAAACGUGCUGCCCUUCACUCGGGGCUAUCAGGGAGGCUUAAGAAAACAAGCGCUACCUCUGCGGCUGACCUCCACAGCCAUGGCCACGCUGGAGGGCUGCCGCUGCCGAGGCGCAAGCGGCAGAACCAACAACAGCAUCCUCUACAGCAUCUUAAAGAGUGACAGUCUUGCCACCGCGGAGGAGCAGCAGCAGCAGCAGCAACAACUGCAGCAUUUGUUCCACAAGACCUCCACCUCCUCCGCCACAGCCGCCCCUGCAGCCUCUCUGCAGGAGCUCCGGCAGCAGGCGUGCUCCUGCGGCUCGACGCGGCGCCGGGGCGUCCUCCGCUCCCCACAGGUGACGUGCAAAGCCGCCUCGGCCGUCCUGGUCAAGACGCUGCGCUUCGUGAAAAACGUGCCGUGUUUCCGCGAGCUGCCGGAGGACGACCAGCUGAUGUUGAUACGCAGCGGGUGGGCUCCCCUGCUCGUGCUGGGACUCGCGCAGGACCGCGUGGACUUUGAGACCACGGAGACAGUGGAGCCCAGCAUGCUGCAGCGCAUCCUCACGGGUUUACCGGACAGGCAGAGCGAGGAGGUGCCGACCGGGCAGAGCAGGGGGGCGGCCGGGGUCUCCGUGCUGGAUAUCGAAGCUAUCAGAGCGUUUCUGAAGAAGUGCUGGAGUGUUGAUAUCAGUACGAAGGAGUAUGCUUACCUGAAAGGAGCUGUGCUCUUCAACCCAGAUGUUGAGGGUCUGCGCUGCAUCCACUACAUCCAGUCCCUCCGCCGCGAGGCUCACCAGGCUCUGAACGAGCACGUGAGGCUGAUCCAUCGCGAGGACACGACGCGCUUCGCCAAGCUGCUCAUAGCCUUGUCCAUGCUGAGGGCCAUAAGCCCGUUGGUGGUCGCUCAGCUCUUCUUCAGACCCGUUAUAGGGACCGUCAACAUCGAGGAGGUGCUCAUGGAGAUGUUCUACGGAAAGUAGGUCAGCUGCCAGAUGGACUGGAAGGCUCCUAACUUUUCUUUUUUUGGGGGUGGGGGGGGGGAGAAGAUGGGGGCAGAUGAGGAUAAUGGGGACUAAAUUACAACUACUGUAUAAGUGGGAGAUCUUCAAGGACUGUGAAAUAACCAGCGCAGGCCAGAGUGUGUCGUCGGCGUGACAAAAAAGAAAGAGUGCAGAAGGCAAAGAUAUGUAUUAAUUGAGGAAAAACACAAAAGCAGCUGCUGGAAUUCAUAACUUAUUUGUUUUUCUAUGAAAUAUUUUUUGUAUAAUAAAAAGGAU